GCGCGUGCGGACCCAGGGCACCUUUCCCAGGUGGCGGGAGACACACCGCGAGCGGGGCGCACCAUGAGCAGGAGGACGCGGCGCUGGAUCGUCCACGUAUUUCUUUGCCUGGGGAUCGUCUAUUUGAAAAUCGGGGGCUUCUCCUCCGUCGUGGCUCUGGGGGCGAGCAUCAUCUGUAACAAGAUCCCGGGUCUGGCUCCUCGACAGCGCAUCAUCUGCCAGAGCCGGCCGGACGCCAUCAUCGUGAUCGGGGAGGGGGUCCAGAUGGGCCUCGACGAGUGUCAGUUCCAGUUCAAGAGCGGCCGCUGGAACUGCUCGGCGCUGGGCGAGAGGACCGCGUUCGGCAAGGAGCUCAAAGUGGGCAGCAAAGAGGCAGCCUUCACGUAUGCCAUCAUCGCUGCCGGCGUGGCCCAUGCCAUCACAGCAGCCUGCACCCAGGGCAAUCUGAGCGACUGCGACUGCGACCGGGAGAAGCAGGGCUUCUAUGACCUAGAGGAGGGUUGGAAGUGGGGCGGGUGCUCUGCGGACAUUCGCUUUGGCCUGGACUUCUCCAAAGUGUUUGUGGACGCCAGGGAGAUUAAGAAGAACCCCAGAGCGCUAAUGAACCUGCACAACAACGAGGCGGGACGCAAGAUACUGGAAAAGAACAUGCAGCAGGAGUGCAAGUGUCAUGGGGUGUCGGGGUCCUGUACCACCAAGACCUGCUGGACCACUUUGCCCAAGUUCCGGGAGCUGGGCCACAUCCUGAGGGAAAAAUACAGCCGGGCGGUGCACGUGGAACCGGUGGUCAUCAACCGCAAGAGACGGCCCUUCCUCAAGAUCAAGAAGCCCGACUCCUACCGCAAGCCGCUGGACACAGACCUGGUGUACAUAGAGAAGUCGCCGAACUACUGCGAGGCAGACCCGGUGACGGGCAGCGUUGGCACGCGGGGCAGGGUGUGCAACAAGACUGCACAUCACCCCAGUAGCUGCGACCUGAUGUGCUGUGGACGGGGCUACAACACACACCAGUACUCCCGCGUCUGGCAGUGCAACUGCAAGUUCCUGUGGUGCUGCUAUGUCAAGUGCAACACCUGCACCGAGAGGACGGAGGUGUACACGUGCAAGUGACGAGCGUACGGAUGACGCGCAACAGAAGGCCUGGAGGAAGCAAAAGAAAGAACACAUAGCUUGUAGAAGUUCUGGGGCUUUGCCUGCAUUCUGCAAUGGCGCCCCUUUCCACCCCAUUGACACAGAUGUAGGUCUCCCAUCUGCAUGGGUAUGAGAUGGGAUGGACUAAGGGAGGAAACGGUAGAGAUGAUUCCGAAGGAAUAAAGUACAACCGAAGUGGCGCCAUGGGACACCUCAGUGAAUUUGUUUGCGUUUGAGGGAAAACACGGUUCAGAACAAGGUGCAGAGUUACUCUUGGAUGUGGCUCUCUGGGAAAAGUAGAUGAUGCUCUCAUCCACAAAGCUUUUCAUAUCAUGUAGCCAUGGACCCAGAAGCAUGGAUUAUAGUGAGUCGGGAGCCCACUCUGAGCUAACCACCCUUGUUUCCUCCAAUACAACUUCUCAGCACUUAUUCCAAUGGUACAAAGGUUCACCUAAGGCUGUGGUACGAUGGGACAAAAGUUCUUGGACUUUUAUCUUUUUUUUU